AUGUCGGUCGCGACAAUGCUACAACCAGCAAGCAGAGGCUCGGCCUCUACUGGCUCUUCAUUUGAGCCUAUAUCUCGCACAAAUACAUAUUCCAGCCACGAUGGCACGCGGUCCAUGCGACAGAGCAAGCGUGUGAGCAUGACCGCGCUUUACGUAUCCAUGAGUGCGAAGGAUAAGGAUCUUGAGAUAAGCGAUGACCUGGCACGGGCGCAAAGGACGUUACGAGAUCUCAAAUCAAAGAUAUCCACUCAGUCAAAGAAGAAUUUCGUCCUGGAGAAGGAUGUGCGAUAUCUGGACUCCCGGAUCGCUCUCCUCAUCCAGAACCGGAUGGCGCUGGAAGAACAAAAUGAAGUCGCGAGCCAUUUGGACGAAGCUGCCGAGUUGCAGGAAGGGUCGUUUCCCAACGACGAUAAGACCCAAAGAUAUGGCAACCUCUUCUUCAUGCUCCAAUCUGAGCCAAAACACAUCGCACAUCUAUGUCGGCUAGUGACCAUGGCUGAGAUCGACUCGUUACUCCAGACCGUCAUGUUCACCAUAUACGGCAACCAGUACGAGAGCCGAGAGGAGCACCUUUUGCUUACUAUGUUCCAAUCAGUACUCACUCAUCAGUUCGAAACCACACCGGAGUACUCAUCGUUGCUGCGGCAGAAUACCCCGGUCUCGAGAAUGAUGACAACCUACACGAGGCGAGGACCAGGCCAGGGGUAUCUGAAAGAAGUCCUCGCCGAGAAGAUCAACGGCCUCACAGAGUUGAGCGAUGUCGAUUUGGAGAUCAACCCCCUGAAAGUCUACGAGACGAUGGUCAAGCAGAUUGAGGACGACACUGGAAGCCUGCCGGAGGAUCUGCCACGAUCAGUCACUGCCGAGUUCGCUGCCGAGAAUGCCCAGGUGCAGGCAAUCAUCACCCCAAGGCUAAAGAUGCUCACCGAAAUCGCCGAAGGCUUCAUUUCCACUAUCAUCGAAGCCUUAGAGGAAGUGCCAUAUGGCAUUCGGUGGAUAUGCAAACAGAUUCGAAACCUGUCAAGACGCAAGUACCCGGACGCACAAGAUCAGGCUAUCUGCACCUUGAUCGGGGGAUUUUUCUUUCUGCGUUUCAUCAACCCGGCCAUUGUUACACCAAAGUCAUACAUGCUGAUUGAGAGAGUACCGGAGGAGAAGCCGAAGAGGACACUGACCUACAUUGCCAAGAUGCUUCAGAAUCUAGCAAAUAAACCAUCCUACGCCAAGGAGCCGUACAUGGCCAAGCUCCAGCCUUUUAUCCAAAGGAAUAAGGAUCGGGUCAAUAAGUUCUUGCUAGACCUGUGCGAGGUCCAGGAUUUCUACGAAACCCUUGAGAUGGACAAUUAUGUCGCCCUUUCGAAAAGAGACAUCGAGCUAAACAUCAGUUUGAACGAAGUCUAUGCGACACAUGCGCUACUCGACAAGCAUGCUCGUGAGCUCGCCAAAGAUCCGGACUCGCAUCUGGGCACCAUACUUCACGAACUCGGUCCAGCACCACCCCAACUUCCACGCAAGGACAAUCGCGCCAUCAGCCUGCCGUUGUACAGCAAAUGGGAGACUUCAUUUGACGAAAUCACUCAUGCUCUCGACAUCACACAAGACGAGGUGUUCUUCAUGGAGGCAAAAAGUGCCUUUGUACAAAUCAUGCGAAGUUUACCACAGAAUGCCAACAUCAUGCGACGGCCUCUGAGACUUGACUACAUUGCCAAGGCCGCUGGGCAAAUGAAAGACCCGGUCAUGGUCCGCAAGGGCAUCCGAUGCAUGGAACUGCUCACUUCUCUUUCUGAGAUGGGAGUCAUCGACCGUGCGGACGAGUACGCCACGCUUCGUGACGAAGUGGAGCAGGAACUGGCGCACUUGGGCUCAUUGAAGGAGAAGGUACAGGAAGAAACUUACAAAUUGGACGACGUGUACAAGACUAUUCGCGACCACAAUGCUUACUUGCUGUCACAGCUCGACACAUACAAGAGCUAUCUUCACAAUGUUCGAAGCCAAUCGGAAGGAACCAAACGGGGAAAGGAAGUGAAGGUCAAAGAACUCGGCCCAUACAAAUUCACCCAUGCACAGCUCGAAAAGGACGGCGUUAUAGUCAGGAGUAAUGUUCCUGAGAACAGGAAGAGUAACAUCUUCUUCAUGUUCCGGAGUCCUCUCGCAGGUACAUUCGUCAUCAGUCUUCACUACAAAGGCCGAGCUCGCGGUCUAUUGGAGCUCGAUCUUAAGCUAGAUGACUUGCUUGAGAUGCAGAAAGAUGGUCAGGAAGACCUCGAUCUCGAAUAUGUGCAAUUCGACGUGGCAAAGGUGCUCGCCCUGCUCAAUAAGAGGUUUGCACGGAAGAAGUAG